CUAUUUUUUGUUAUGUUUUGAGGUUAUCUUCACGAUAUAAGUUAUUUAUAUUAAAAUUAAUUUGCCUUUCAAAAUAUCUUAGAUUUGUAUAAUAAUAAAUUUAAUAAAGAAAUAAAUAAUUACAGUAACUUCUCCAACAGACUAUUGUUGUUUUUAUUCAUGACGUGUUGUUAGAAAAUAAGAGAUUUCAAAUAUUAUUGAAAGAUGACUUCCAGAGUACUUUUACAGACUCAAACUCCUUUUAUAAUAGCUAGGAGGUUUCGAGGUAAAAUUAAUAUUCAAAAACCUCGCAAACCUCAUUUUGAAAGGCAACUAUUAAUUGAUCUGAGCAAACCUACAUAUGCACCUCCAAAAUAUACUUUACCGGACUAUAUUAAUUGCGACAGAGGGGAGAAAAAGACGAAAUUGGUACAGGACAAUCCCUUUGAAAGGAUUUUAGCCAAAGAGUGUCUAGAUUGGUUUAACACAUCAAAAAUGGUUGUAUUCCUACAUGUAAAUUCAAUCAGCAUGGAAGAAAAAACUCCUGUUUUUGCUGCAUUGAAGAAGCAAGACAUGCAUUUAAGAACUUAUGGCAAAAAAAUUGUUAGUAUGGCUACUAAGGGUACGCGGUAUGAAGUUGUUAACCAAUUAUUUACCUCACAUCAAAACAUAAUAUUUGGUCAACCAGAUAAAGCAGAUAAAAUGUUUAAAAUACUGAAGAAAACUCCACAAUUAGUUGUUAUGGGGGCAAUUAUACAGGAUCGUCUCAUGUCUAAGAAUGAGCUUGUGGAGUUCAGCAAAUUGCCCAGCUUGGAGUUGGCCAGGAGUCAGUUAUGUGCAGUUUUAGAGAGUGCCGGCUCCAGUCUAGUUGGGCAACUCAAUUGUUCUCAACAGAUAUUAGUUUCACACUUAGAGAAGCAUUUAGAACUUCAAAACAAACCUAACAAGCAAGAUACUGAAAGUUAAAAGUAGACUAUCUUUAUUUAUUAUUGGCAAUGUUUAGUUCUUAAUUAUAAUAUAGGUAGACAUUUGAUUUUUUUUUUGAUGGUCCUUUUAUCAUACAAAAC